UAAUCUAAUAGUCAGUAACAAUGGAGGACGGACCGAAAUAUGCCAUUUCAAAGGAAGGAAUCAUCAAACUGAUAGUGAUUGCAUUCGGGUGCGUCACAUUUGCAUUAUUGGCUGAUGUUGGAUAUACCAACGGGACAAGGAUGCGAUGGGUGUUUGCUGCUUUCAUCAUCUCAUUCGCUAUUUCCGUUCUUUUCUACAUCUUCAGAAUCACGGGUUUGGCAUCAAAGAUCAGCACGUGCGGGCCAUGCACGUUCGAUGGCUUCGAUUUCUUGUGGUCGUGGUUCUCAACCAUAUGGUGCCUUGCUGCAGCUGUUUCGUUCGCUUUAGCUUUUCCCAGAGUACACCCACAAUCAAGAUGGCACAGUGAACUUAUCGCCGCUGUCAUAUUUGCGUUUCUAACCGGGAUCGCUUACGCCGUAGAAGCCUACAUAUUGAAGGAUAAAGCACCAGCUAAUGUUGGUUACAUCGCAACUAGAAACGGUUGGUUGAAGACAGUGAUCGUCGCACUGGGGGCUGCUGCAUUUGGUUUGCUCGUCGACUCUGGAUACAGCUGGUGCGGACGAAACGGACCAUGCAACGCCGGAGUUACUUUCGCAUUGGCUGCCUACAUCGUCGGAUGGGGAAUCACCGUCAUUAUUUGGUUGCUGCAUAUCUCCGGGCUUGUACAAGGAAACCGUCAGAGCAACUUAAACAAGUUCGAAUUUAUUUGGUCAAUAGUUUGUGUCCUGCUGUUCUGGAGUGCUUCGGUGUGUUUUGCGGUUUACAUGGUUUGCAGAGGAAAUGAUUUCCAGAAAUAUCGGCAGUGUCACCUCAGAUUAGCAGGAGUUAUCAUUGGAUUCGUAACCGGUGUGCUGUACAUUAUCGAUGCGGUGUUUCUAAAGCGUGCCUAAGAUAACAUGCAUGGACUUGAGUUGCCUUGGCCAGAAUUCUCGUCCUCGAUCAUUUUCCAGUCUAAAUCUUUUACGUUAAUAUCUAUUCAUUCUAUGUUAUUUGAAAAUUUGUUCUGUCGUACAUUAUUGAAUCCGGCAAAUUAGUCACUGAAGAAUUUGAAUUACGAAGUGUUCCCAAAACAAAUUUAGCAACGUUGUUUAUAUCAUAAAGAAUGACAAGUGUAUUUUAUGCAUAUUUUGUUCAAAAAAUAGAUAAUUUGAAACCCAUGUUAUCAAUACAUUACUUGAAACAAUCGCGUUAACUUUUUAUAAUGAUUAGAAUAAUAUUUCAAACAAAUUGAACGGAAUGAAAAUAGUCACCUGCGCUUCUACGUCCGGUUGAUCUACAACAGCCUGUUACGUGCUCAUCAUUUGUUGCAUGAUUUAAUUAUUUCGAAAAAUUGACACCAAAUUAAAUGUAUAAAUGUAUGAUUUGAUACGUAGAUACUAAAAACUCUUUUAAUAAAAACUAUUUUAAUACUUUUGUUGAAGAUGCCAAUAGGCACAAAGUUCAUGCGAGAGCUAGGACCAUGGCUGUAUCGUAUUCUACGUUCGGCUUUGCCUGUAUUUGGAAUUUACAUUAAGACGAGAUAACAAUAAAUGUAAUUUGACAAUA